AUGAGUCGCAAGAUGUUUUUCGGUACAAAUAGGUUUAUAGGACUUGAGGAAGCAAUUGCAGCAGUCACAUCAGAUAGUGAUGAUGACCGUGAAUAUGAUUUGGCGAUAAUAACACCUGAUUCCAGUGUCGUGACUGCCGAAGAUCAAGGGUUUGAUGAAGAUAUGGUGAUAUAUACAUUGCCACGAGAUGUGCCGGAAAAUAUUAAGGGCCAAAGUUCAUGUGAUGGUUUUAGCAUCGGCUGUCCGCGAUCAGGGGUUUGGUAUAAUUCAGAAAUAUUUCAUUAUCAACGUGUUAAUGUGUUAAGAGAACAGCUUCGUUUUCCUUCUGCUAUAACUGCUAAUAGGAGAUCUACUAUAAUGCCAGACGCCAACGCUGUUGCUUUUAGCAGCAAUGAGAAAUGGCGUAUUAAUAGAAACAUUUUCAUUCUUGGCUUCGCGUUUAUGGUACACUUUACUGCUUUUCACGGCACCGCCAACCUUCAGAGCUCAGUGAACAGUGAUGCUGGAGCGGGUACCUUUACAUUGGCUGCUAUAUAUUUUUCCCUGAUUUUAUCAAAUAUUUUCUUGCCAGCUAUAGUUAUCAAAUGGCUGGGUUGCAAGUGGACCGUGGCACUGUCGUUCAUCGCGUACAUGCCUUUCAUCGCUGCGCAGUUUUAUCCCCGCUUAUACACACUGGUACCGGCUGGUAUGAUGGUGGGAUUUGGUGGAGGACCGCUCUGGUGCGCCAAAUGUACUUAUCUGUCUGUGGUUGCAGAGCCGUACGCGAAGCUUUCCGGAGUGUCGUCGGAAGUCCUUGUAGUUAGAUUCUUCGGUCUUUUCUUCAUGUUCUACCAAAUGGCACAGAUAUGGGGAAAUCUUCUAUCGUCAGCGAUUUUGUCAUCAUCACUGGGUGACGCAGUUGUCCUAUAUAACGAGACUAUAGUUUCGAGGACGUCGACGCUUAUUACAAACUUAACUACACCCGAAGUGGAUUUCGGGGCCACUUGUGGUGUGAACUUUUGCAGUGGAUCAGCUUCACACGAAAAUGCAAAUCUUGAACCACCAUCGGCUCUUAAAAUCCAAGUUAUUGCCGGCGUGUACCUGGCGUGCAUGGCCUCGGCAGUCAUUUUGGUAUUUGUUGGCGUGGAUUCCCUUAGCAGGUAUAGUGCUGGACGUCAGCCGGCAAGUCAUGGCAAGUCGGGUCUCCUGUUACUGGCCGUGACGUUGCGACAAUUAAGACAUAAAUAUCAGCUUCUACUUUUACCUGUAAUUGGAUAUAUUGGUGCAGAACAAGCUUUUAUGGCCGCUGAUUUUACGCAGGCUUUCGUGGGCUGCGCGUAUGGGAUCAGUAACAUCGGUUUCGUGAUGAUCUGCUUCGGUAUAUUCAACGCAUUAGCAGCUCCAGUUGCCGGCGUUAUAGUCAAGAUCACUGGGAGGUAUCCUGUUAUGGUCACUGCCCUGAUUUUGAACCUAUGCUUGAUAACAAGUUUGCUGUUAUGGAGACCUAGUCCCGACCAGUGGUUGGUGUUCUUCAUACUCGCGGCAAUAUGGGGCGCUGCCGACGCCGUGUGGCUUGUACAGGUUAAUGCUCUAUCCGGCAUUCUUUUCCCUGGCGAUGAAGAAGCUGCCUUCUCGAAUUUCAGACUCUGGGAAUCAACAGGAAGCGUGUUGGCUUACGCUUCCGCUCCUUACCUGUGUGUAAGGACAAGGUUAUACAUUCUCCUCGGUCUACUUAUCUUGGGUUUUUCCGGUUAUACGAUUAUAGAACUUAUGGAGUACAGAGUAAAGAAGUCGCAUCACCGCGAAAGGAACUUCGAACUUGUACCUGAGAAGCUCGAACAAGAAUGA